AUGCCAUCCCAAAAAAAGAUAACUUUAGAAGUGUCUGAAAAUAUUUCCAUCAUUGUUAUUAAGCAAAUGAUUAGUAAAGUAUCUAAUUAUCAUCACGAAUGUAUUCUUAUUUUUGAAGGAAUGAUAUUGGAGAAUAAGUAUAUAUUGGCAGAUUACAAUAUUAAGCUUGAAUCUAUAUUUGAUCUUAUUUAUAUAAAUAACGAUAAUGAAAAAAUAUCUGGUACAAUGCAAAUCUUUGCUAAAACAUUAACAGGGAAGACUUUGACCCUGGAAGUAUCUAAUGAUGAUUUUAUUGCUCAAGUUAAAGAAAAAAUUCAAGAUAAGGAAGGUAUUCCCCCUAACCGACAAACCCUUAUAUUUGCAGGAAAAAAGCUAGAAAAUGACUAUACCGUAGCAGAUUAUAAUAUCCAAAAAGAAAGCACCUUAAAUCUUGUACUCAGAUUUCGUGGUGGGAUGUUUCAUGAAACCAGUUGUCGUAGAGAUUUUGAUGCAUUGCCACCACUUACACAUUAUAUGCCAACCCAUGAAGAAAUUCUACAAAGUGGAGUUCAUAUUGAUAUUGCUUGUGAUUACUGUGGUAAAAGUGGAUGGGAAGGAACAAGAUAUAAAUGUCAAGAAUGCCCUGAUUAUGAUUUGUGUUGUAAUUGUAUUUCAAUGUCUAAAUUGCUUCAUAAUGACCAACAUACUUUUAUGAAAAUUUUGAUUCCUUCGAGCUCAAACGAUGAUUUAAAAAAUAUCCCUGCUCACUCUAAACAAUAUCAUAAAGUUGCGAGUGACCCCACACUUGGAAUGGAUUGGAUGGAUGUUACUGAUAAGAUGCAAUAUGAUUUAGUUCGUAAGUUUGGAUAUUCUGAUGAAGCUGUACAAUUAUUACACCGUGCUCCACAAAUUUACAAAGACGAUCCUACAUUUCAAACCACUCAACUAUAUGUUCGUAACAAUAUUGCUAAUUUAGGAAAUCUAACCGAAGGAAUGAUGGCUCCAAAUUGUCAAUUAGUCCCUCUUGAGCCUACAACAGAAAUCAGUAAUACUAAUGUAUUGACUACGAUCUCUUUACAUUCACUUUAUCAAUCAGUGAAACCUCUUGUUCUUCUUGGAAGAUCAUAUACUUGUCCUUUGUUUCGAUACAUAUCUCACGUACUUAAUGAUAUUUAUAAACGAUAUAAAGCACAGGUAGAUUUCUAUACGAUUCAAAUUCGGGAAGCACAUGCCAGUGACGUUUGGCCAAUUGGUAAUGUUGUAGAUGUUAAAGAACAUUGCACAUUAACCGAUCGUUUAAUUGCUGCUCGUGAAAUGAUUAAAAAUACUGAAUUAGAGAUUUCUGUGUUAGCAGAUUCUAUGGAUGACACUUUCUUAAAAUUAUAUUCACCAUGGCCUUUUCGUUUUUUCGUCAUUGUAGAUGGUAUUCUAAAACUUGGUGGAAUGCCUAAGGAAGCACAUUAUAAUACUACAGAUUUAGUUGAAUGUUUAGAUAGUCUUUUGAAUGGCAAUAAGAAUAAGAGAAGAAAAUUAGAUACUUGUUAG